AUUUGAGACCCGGUGCCGCUUCUCUCAGACGAUAAAAAAAAAGCGUAUCACGGUAUCAAUAAACCCGAUAAAUCGGCGAGAAUUAAGAAAUUCCUAGAAAAUGGUGAGAAUAAUGAACUAGCCGUUAGGGACCUAAAUUUCAAAUCUAUUGGUCACUCUCCCCCUUUCUCUCUCUUCAUUAUACACAAAGCUUCAAACUUUCUCACUUCCCCAAACCCUGAAACUGUCUCUCUCCGUUGCGCUCCUUUCUCUUUUCCUUUCACGGUUUGGAUCUGAAUCUCAAUCAAAUAAUCUUGAUUUCGAUCUAGAAUUUUGAUUCUUAGGCCCAGGAGAGAGAGGGUUCUAACUUGUGACUGCAUUUCUUCUGGUCUUGUCAAUUUUCAAGAACACAAAGGAACUAAAAAAAGAUGAUGACAGUUAGAACUCCGGGAACCCCAGCCAGUAAGAUAGACAGGACACCAGUAACAACCCCUGGAGGCCCAAAAUCAAAGGAAGAGAAGAUUGUAGUUACUGUAAGGUUAAGGCCUUUAAGUAAAAGGGAACAACAAGCCAAAGAUCAAGUAGCAUGGGAUUGUGUCGAUGAUCACACCAUUGUUUCUAAGCAUCCUUCUCAAGAACGCACAGCUCAGCCAUCUUCUUUCACAUUUGACAAAGUUUUUGGGCCUUCAUGCUUAACUGAAACGGUGUACGAAGAAGUGAAGAAUGUUGCUUUGUCAGCUUUGGUUGGCAUAAAUGCUACUAUAUUUGCAUAUGGCCAAACCAGCAGUGGGAAGACAUUCACGAUGAGAGGAAUAACAGAAAAGGCUGUUAAUGACAUCUACCAGCAUAUAAUGAAUACACCAGAGAGAGAUUUUACUAUUAAAAUUUCAGGAUUAGAAAUUUAUAAUGAGAAUGUAAGGGACCUGUUAAAUUCAGAAUCUGGCCGCAAUCUCAAGCUUCUAGAUGAUCCGGAAAAAGGUACUGUGGUUGAGAAGUUGGUGGAAGAAACAGUUAGCAAUGAUCAGCAUUUAAGAGAUCUAAUUAGCAUUUGUGAGGCUCAAAGGCAAGUUGGUGAAACUGCCUUAAAUGAUACUAGCUCACGGUCGCACCAAAUAAUAAGGCUGACAAUUCAAAGUACUCUACGUGAAAAUUCUGAUUGUGUGAGAUCAUUUGUUGCAAGCCUGAACUUUGUGGAUCUAGCUGGCAGUGAAAGAGCUUCACAAACACAUGCUGAUGGUGCAAGGCUCAGGGAAGGCUGUCAUAUUAACCUUAGUUUGAUGACUCUGACAACUGUAAUCAGAAAACUAAGUGUUGGAAAAAGAAGUGGUCAUAUACCAUAUAGAGACUCGAAGCUUACUCGUAUAUUGCAGCAUUCUCUCGGUGGAAAUGCACGUACUGCCAUCAUAUGUACUUUGAGUCCAGCACUAAGUCAUUUUGAGCAAUCUCGUAAUACUCUCUUCUUUGCCACCCGGGCAAAGGAAGUGACAAAUAAUGCACAAGUCAAUAUGGUUGUUUCAGAUAAGCAGCUAGUCAAACAUCUGCAGAAGGAAGUAGCCAGGCUAGAAGCAGAGCUCCGCACCCCUGAUCCAUCUAGGGAAAAAGACUUAAAAAUACAAGAGAUGGAAAUGGAGAUUGAAGAAUUGAAGCGCCAAAGAGAUAUGGCACAAUCUCAAGUGGAUGAGUUACGCAGAAAACUUCAGGAGGAUCAGCAGAUCUCAAACCCACUUGAAUCACAACGUCCAUCAGUGAAGAAGUGUCUGUCUUAUUCUGCUGUGUUGUCUCCAAAAUUUGAUGGGAAGAAGCUAGGCCAGAAUGAUAAAACAAGAAACACAAUGUUAAGGCAGUCUAUGAGGCAAUCAUCAACUGCUCCUUUCACACUUAUGCAUGAAAUUCGUAAACUUGAACACCUUCAAGAGCAGCUUGGAGAAGAAGCAAAUCGAGCUUUGGAAGUACUUCAAAAAGAGGUGGCUUGUCAUAGACUAGGUAAUCAAGAUGCGGCUGAGACAAUUGCCAAGCUGCAGGCAGAAAUAAGGGAGAUGCGUGCUGUCCGGUCAAUUACAAAGGAGGUUGAAGUUGGAACUGCUAUAGCUCUUAACAAAAGUGUUAGUGCUAACCUCAAGGAAGAGAUAACCAGACUUCAUUCACAAGGUAGCACAAUAGCUAACCUUGAGGAGCAGUUAGAGAAUGUUCAGAAGUCAAUAGACAAAUUAGUAAUGUCUCUUCCAAGCAAUGAUCAAGAUUCCAACUGUGAAGCAACCCCCAAAACUAAGAAUCAGUCUAAAAAGAAGAAGUUGCUCCCUUUAACUUCUAGUAAUGUUGCAAAUCGGCAAAAUUUUAUAAAAUCUCCAUGCUCACCUCUAUCAACCUCUCCACAAAUUGUGGAGCCUGAGAAUGAAGAAAAUAGACCUCCAGAGGAUGAUGACAUUGCCUGCAAGGAGACAUUCUCAGAGUCCGAGAAAGAAACACCUGUGAAGAGUGAAGAGGGUGGAGAUGUCUUGUCGAAGGAAGGCACUCCGGGAUAUAGACGUUCAAGUUCAGUUAACAUGAAGAAAAUGCAGAAGAUGUUUCAGAAUGCAGCUGAAGAGAAUGUAAGAAGCAUAAGAGCAUACGUAACAGAACUGAAAGAGCGUGUUGCUAAACUGCAAUACCAGAAGCAACUACUUGUUUGUCAGGUGCUUGAGCUGGAAGUAAAUGAAGCAGCUGGAUACAAUAUAGAGGACGAUGAGAGUGCAAUUGAGCCAGAGGAACCCCAAGUUGCAUGGCAUAUAACCUUCAGGGAGCAAAGGCAGCAGAUCAUUGAGUUAUGGGAUGUCUGCUAUGUCUCCAUCAUUCAUAGGACACAGUUCUAUUUGUUAUUUAGGGGCGAUCCGGCCGACGAAAUAUACAUGGAAGUGGAGCUUAGGCGUUUAAAUUGGCUGCAGCAGCAUUUUACAGAACUUGGAAAUGCAAGCCCAGCUCUAGUAGGAGAUGAACCCACAGUGUCGUUGUCAUCAAGGUUCUCUCUCUCAUUCUUUCUUUCUCUCAAACAAACAACACACAGUCCUUGGAACGUUUUGAAGUUGCACAUCUCUUGUUGCUUUCAGUUGAUUGUGUUAGUUUAUCUCUGCUUGAAAUUUGUGUAUAAUUGUUACAGUAUUAGAGCCCUGAAGCGUGAAAGGGAAUUCCUUGCCAAGAGGUUGACCUCACGUUUGAGUGAGGAGGAGAGAGAUGCGUUGUACAUUAAAUGGGAUGUAUCACUGGAAGGAAAGCAGAGGAAACUGCAAUUCAUAAACAAGCUCUGGACAGAUCCUCAUGAUGCCAAACACAUAGAGGAGAGUGCUCAGAUAGUGGCAAAGCUUGUAGGAUUCUGUGAAGGAGGUAACAUGUCAAAGGAGAUGUUUGAGCUCAAUUUUGCGCUACCAGCUGAUAAGAGGCCUUGGUUUGUGGGGUGGAAUCAGAUUUCAAACCUUCUUAAUUUGUAAGUACUUCCCCCCAUUCUCUACAUGUAAAUGAAUUUUUGGAGUUCUUUCUCCAAAUGUUCUCCAACUGUGCUUGAAGAUUGUGAUUGAGAUAUUCUUUGUACUCCUCAUGUUUUAUAAUAAAGUUGCUUUGGUCCU